CGGGGGUUGGGGAAAUGCGGAGAGCAGUAGUGGGGAAACCUAGUCAAAACCUGUAAACAUCAAUGCGAAUUAACAGCCUUGACAAACCCUCUUCGGUCAAAACCUUCCUUAAAAGACAUGGAACAUCGAGCCGAGCACUACUUGGAUCUUUUUUCAGCCACCAGUCGUCCGAUGGUCUAAUUGUUUCUUGCGGCCAUUGUCGUGCACUCGAGUGACGCACAGGAAGCGACAACAGAACAGCACCAAUGUGCGUUAUGUGCCGAGCAGGGGCCAACGUGCCUUGUGGCAUUCUCGAAGUUACUCAUAGCGUAGCUAAAGCUUCGAUGAAAUCGACGACGGCAAUAUUCCAUAAUUGAGAUCACGCGCGAUGCAUAGCUUGACACAAUUUCCAGUGACGGGCCAUACACACUAAAGGCGAUAUCCUCGGCGAUACUCUCUGAUCGAUCAGCCACCUAGGCUUCAAGCCUCAUUGCUCACACAGGCACAGAGGAAGGCUAUAAGAAGGGGAUCGUUUCCUACACUCACCUUCCUGUCUAGCAGCCAGAUUCAGCAGCUUCUCUAAUCGCAUAGCUUUCACCACUCGCAAUAUCAUGCAUUCCUUCUCACUUCUUCUCGCUGGCGCUUUUGCUGUGCAGCCAAUACUGGCUUUGCCCGGCAGCGUCACACAUGUCUCCGACAUCAGCAAGCGUUCAGUAGAUACGUUUCUCGCCAGUGAAAGCCCAAUUGCUUUGGCUAAUCUCCUAUGCAAUAUUGGCUCCGCUGGCGCAUGUGCGUCGGGUGCUGGAUCUGGUCUGGUUAUGGCUAGUCCUUCCAAGACCUCCCCUGAUUACUUCUACACGUGGACUCGCGACUCUGCUUUGACUUUUAAGUGCAUCGUGGACACGUUCAUCAACUCGUACUCUGCUACUCUGCAGGUCGAGAUUGAAAAUUACAUCAUUGCCCAAGCCAAGCUGCAGACAGUUUCGAACCCGUCUGGAAGCUUUUCGGACGGAUCUGGCCUUGGAGAGCCUAAAUUCAACGCUGAUGGAACUGCUUUCACUGGCAGCUGGGGCCGGCCUCAACGCGACGGUCCCGCUCUUCGCGCGACGGCGCUGAUUGCUUACUCAAGAUGGUUGAUUGCUAAUGGGUACACCUCCACCGCGAGCAGCCUGGUCUGGCCAGUCAUCCAGAACGAUCUGAGCUAUGUCACACAGUACUGGUCGCAGACAGGAUAUGAUCUUUGGGAAGAAGUUGGUGGUGGAUACAGUUUCUUUACUGUUGCUGCUCAGCACCGUGCUCUCGUCGAGGGAGCCGCUCUAGCAACACAACUCGGGAAGACUUGUUCCAACUGUUUGACACAGGCUCCUCAAGUUCUCUGCCUUCUCCAGAACUUCUGGAACUCAGGUGGUUACGUCGUCUCCAACACCAACAGUGGCCGUACCGGCAAGGAUGCCAACAGUAUUCUCGGCUCUAUUCAUACCUUCGACCCAUCAGCUGCUUGUGAUGCAUCUACCUUCCAACCUUGCUCUGAUCGAGCUCUUGCCAACCAUAAGUCCGUUGUCGAUUCCUUUAGAUCAAUCUACACAAUCAAUAGUGGCAUUGCAGCAGGUGUUGCUGUAGCUGUGGGACGAUAUGCAGAGGAUUCUUACUAUGGUGGAAACCCGUGGUAUCUCAACACUCUCGCGGCAGCCGAACUGCUUUAUGACGCUCUUAUCCAAUGGAAUAAUAUUGGAAGCAUUACAAUCACUUCUGUCUCCCUGGCUUUCUGGAAGGACCUCUACUCUUCUGCAGCAGUCGGAACAUACGCAUCGUCUACUUCAACCUACACAACUCUUUACAACGCCGUGAAGACUUAUGCUGACGGCUUUGUAACCAACGCCGCAACAUACACGCCCUCGGCCGGCAACCUUUCAGAGCAAUACUCGCGCUCGACCGGAGCACCACUCUCGGCCGCUGACCUGACCUGGUCGUACGCCGCUCUUCUCACUGUCGCAGCACGUCGUGCAGGCGUCGUACCAGCUAGCUGGGGCGAGUCAGGUGGUAAUUCCGUACCUUCUACCUGCUCUACAUCUACCGUAUCUGGCACCUACUCCACCGCGAGCGUCAGUACGUUCCCCGCGAACCAGACACCAGUCACUGGCGUCGUAACCACGACUGCUAGCGGUAGCACCGGAACCGCUACCACCACAACUGGAACCUCAAGCGCAACUAGCACAGCCUCUUCUUGCACUCUAGCGACUAGUGUCGCCGUGACAUUUGACGAAAUCGUUACUACGACCUACGGCCAAACCAUUAAGAUCGUUGGCUCAGACAGCAUUCUUGGCAGCUGGAACACGGGCUCUGGGACCUCACUUUCAGCUUCGGGAUAUACGUCGAGCAACCACCUGUGGGCUGGCACGAUCUCGUUCCCAGCUGGAGAGGUUAUUCAGUAUAAGUAUAUUAAUGUCGCUUCUGAUGGAACGGUGACGUGGGAGGCGGACCCGAACCACACGUACACCGUGCCAGCGACCUGCGCAACGGCCGUUACGGUUAGUAACACGUGGCAAUAGAGGCUUCAAACGUGGCAUGGCGCGCUGGUAAUAUGAUUAUUACAAGCUGUGAGAG